CUCGGAGAACCAGGGCCGCCGCCGUCACCAACAAAAUCCCCCGCGCAAAUCCCUAUAUCCUCUCUCUCUCUCUCUCUCUCGCCAAUCGCCAUUCCUCCCAUAAAACAAAUCCUCCCAUCCAAGAAAAUCGCGGGAAAGAAAGAAGGCAAAUCCGAGAAAGAAUCAAAAGAAACCCCCGUCGAUUGAUGCCGUCGGCUGUUCUUGCGAAUCCAACUUCCGAACCCAUCAAUUUCCGGCGCAGGGUGGUGCAAAAGGUCCAAUCUUUCUUUCAGAAUCUGUUGACGAUGGCUGGGAAGGGAGCGAGGAAGGCUGCCAACAACCGCUCUGCCGAUUCCACCGCCGUCAAGAGGGUCGCCGGCGGCGUCGGGAAGAGGAACUCUUCCAAUUCCGCCGCGACGGCAAAACGGCAAAAGGCGGGGUUGACCGCGCCCGCGGUUAACCCUAGCGCCAAGGAUGUAAAUAACAACAAUAAUAACAAUAACAACAAACAACCGACAACUAGAGCUGCUGCUGCUGCUGCUGCAAAAGCUUCCGAAGAGAAGCUGAAAUUGGGAGGUGGAGCGACGAAGGGUAAUGUUGAUUCAAAGGCAAAAGCUUCAGGAGGGACAGCAAAGAAGGAGAAGAAGCAACCAGUUCCUAAGAAUGCAACUCUGAAGGAGAAACCUGAGGCAGCUUCUCAAGCUCAGUCUCAACCUACAGGGGAGAAGCUGAAGCUAGGACCACAGAAGACGAAUCCUAAACCGAAAGGGUCGCCAAGAAAACAGCAGCAGAGGAGGAAGGGAGCGAAUCCGUCCUCGCCGCAGGGAAAGGAAGCAGUGGAGAGAGGAAUGACAUAUUACCUGAAGUGCGAUGAAGCAUUGUAUGCAGGUUUGGUGGGAGGUGGUGAAGGGGGUAAUGACUGGAAGCUAGGGCAGAACUGCAUGAUCUGCGAGAGGGAUCUGGCGUAUGCGCCCGUCCCACCGGAGAACGAAUCGGGGACUAUGAACUUCCCUGAAGCUGCGGUGCUGGGUUGCGGCCAUGUCUUCCACAUGCUGUGCUUGAACAUGGCUUCCGAUGAGCAAGAGAGUGAGCCUGCUUGCUUCAUAUGUGCAAGCCUCGAUUGAAAGUUGAAAAAGCACACACGAAUUCAUUGCAGAACUGUAAAUUGUAGGGGGAAUUAAGGUUGGUAGAUAUGAUUGUUAGAACAGAGGGAGCAAAUUUUUUGACCAGUUUCAUCAUAGGAGUGCAUAUGGCCUUGUUUCUUCAAUGGGUUUAUACAGUAGCAGAGCA